AAAAAGAUAAGAUAAGAUAACACCAAACCUAAUCUUGUUUCUCGCGCACGAGCCUUCCACUGUCUUCCGCAUUUGUUCCUCAUCGUCCUUUGUUCAGUCCGCGAUGCCGGGCACAUCAACUUCGCUCGAUUCCCUCAGCUCACCUUCGCCGUCACCAUCGCCUCCACCAGAUAACUUGUCUAAAGCAGAACCUAGCAGCGCGGGUCUGGACGGUGAUUCAGAGCUUUCAGAAUUGACGGAGGAUGAGCAGGACGACCAAACGAAUGGGCAUGGCGCUAAUGGCAGUAGCAGGCGUGGAAGAACCCAUUCAGGUGGCCGUGGCAUGCGUCCUUCGCGUCGGGGUGGUCGACGAAAACGCAACAGUAUCGUACCAGCACCCAUGUGGGGAUGGGCUGCAACAAAGUCGUCGAGUGCCGUCGAAGAAGAGGAAGAGGAAGAGCGCAGUAAGCCUCAUAAUAUCAUGGAGGAGGAAGAGGAGGGUGAGGAGGAUGCCGCAGACGCUGACCAGCCUAAGCAAUCCGGCUUGCCCAUCGUGGCUGACGAUGAGCUCGAUCACUCUGUUCCUGCACCACCACCACCCGUCGACCAGUCGCUCGGUUCCGUUACUCCCGCUCCUCCAAUCCCUUCCAGUCACGAAAUGGCAGCUUUGGACCUCGUGGGGCUGGCCUUGGCAGUGGCCGAAAAGGAAAAGAACACCGACAUGUCACGCAAGGAGUCUAUCGACAACGAUGACGAUGGAAAAGAUGAGCUCGCCGACGAUACUGACGGCGAGGUCUCCGAUGAUGACCCUGCGCAGCCCGACGUCGAUCGCGACAAUGACAAUGACACCGAUUCCGAGGAGGAGCAGCUGAAGGAGGAGGAAGAAGAGGAGGAAGAUGACGACGAUCCCAAGGCCGUUCUUGAAGACGAGCUCGAGGAAGACGUCGAUAUGACUGCUCCUCCUGUUGAAUCUAUUGCUCCCGUCGUCGCAGCUGCUUCCGCAUCGUCUAUAAUGGCGGGCUCAGGUGUCGUCGACCCUGGCUCCCCAUCUCCUUCGGCUUCCGAAGGUUCCCCCUCUCCUGCCUCCUCGCGUUCUCCGUCCCCAGCUUCACCGCUUAAAUCUCCCGUCAAUACAUCACUCUUGGCCCAGCCUGCUACUGCGGCCCCGCCAGAUAAUGCAGAUGAAAAGGAGGAAGAGGAAGAAGAAGAGGAAGAAGAAGCCGAGGAGCCACCCCCAAAGCCAGACAUUCCACCGACCACGAAAGGGAAGGGAAAAGGAAAGCAGAAGCCGGAACUUAACAUCGACGCCGAGGACCAAGAUCAGGACGUCGAUAUUGACGCCGAUGUAUCCCUUGAUGAUGAUAUGGAGGUAGAGAUGGAGUCAGAUUUACAACCUGCUCACCGUGCGGAGGCUCUAGAGGUACUCGCCGGCAUCGAAUUCAAAUUUGGACGGUUGAGGGAAAUUCUCUAUGUUGAGAGAAUGCAGCAGUUGGCCUGGGAAGAGACUCUUAUUCUCGAGGGUACACAUCCCGAGCUCAUUCAUUACCAGAAGGAGUUAGCUAACCGACGAGAUAAACGCGUCGAACUCGCGUCGCGUAAGCGUGAACUCGAAAUUACCACUAUCAUGAAGAGGAGACGCGUACAUGAAGAUGGAACCUGGAGUUGGUGGAAGCAUGAGAGAGAUCAGCUCCAAACUGAUAUGAUCGCGGAUAACAAUCGUAAAAAGAGAAAGUUGGAAAGAGAGCGAAGGGCCGUCGAGCGGCCCCAGUCCGUCCGACGAAUUCCUAGUAUGCCACAAGAUGCACCCCAACCCCCGACAUUACGCCAGAUCAUUGAUUCAUUUCCCUUUGGCUCCAAGAAGCAAAAGAGUGUUCCUUCUACUUCCCACACCCACACAGUCUAUCCAGAAUUGUCUACGCUGCCCCCUGCAGAAGUGGCCAGAGAUUUGGACUUUAUAUAUUCACUUCGACGCCAGUUCGAACAACCGCGAAUUCCACCCUCUGGUAUGGGCUCUCACAUUAACGGACCAACAGGACCUCUUCCUAUGCCCUAUGAUGCUUAUCCCGAGUCGUAUCCGCCGGGCUUCUCUGGCAGAGAUGGAAGGAUGCCUCCACCGUCCCAAUCAUCGUAUCAUCAUCCACCACUCCCCCCACCAAUGAUGGCACAAGCUGGUCCAUCUUCAAUACCGGCGUUUCCCGGCUUCAACGGUAAUUCUAGCGGUCCAAACUCAAAUCGCGGUCACCACCAACACAUAUCUUCUAGACCUGGAAGUCGUGGUGCUUCCAUACAUAACCCUUCUGGGAGUACGAUUCAUGGGCCUUCACCAUUUGCACCCAUGGAUCAGGAUUUACCUGGUCCUGGGGCAAGUGGUUCCCAUCAUCCGCCACACCCAUUCUUUGGGUCUUCUUCACAGCCUCCUUCCGGAUACCAUGCUCCGUCACGGAGGUCAUCGAUGUCUCCUGCCCCAAAUGGCGCAUCUAAUAAGGGUCCUGGGCAAUGGAUGGGUCCUGGAAUGGGAAUGGGUGCGUUCGGCCUAGGUGGACCAUCAAAAGCGCCUGAUUGGAUGGAUCGUCGAGCUGAUUUGGAGGAAGAAGAUCGGAGAGAGCGGGAACAUCGAGAACGAGAAAGGGAGCACAUGGAAGCUGCCGACCGUCGAGAGCGGGAGCAGCGAGAACGGGACCGGGACCGGGACAAGGAGAUGGAGCGACGAGAAAGGGAGAGAGAAGGAUACCAUAUGCAGCCGCCGCACGUAAUGCAUCGACACUCUUCGCAUCCCCACGUUAAUCCUGUACCGCACUCCCACCAUCACCAUCGGACCCAUCACCAUCAUGUUGUCCACCACCACCAUGGCGCGGUCCCUCCGGGCCCUUCGUUGAGUCCCCGUUCGUCUCGUGAUUUCGAACGACCACAUAGUCAUCCUGGCGCCGAGAUGAUGGGCUUUUCUGCUGCAAAACCACCGCCAUCGCUUGCACCUCCACAUCAUUGGAAAGGGGAGGAACCUCCAGACUUCAGGAGCAAACACAAUGGUCGACCGCCAGCACCUGAUGAUCGUGAGCGACCAGUCGCGGUGCCGUUCGUGAUGGGCUCGUCAACACCGAAUCGGUCACCGCGGAAUUCGUGGAAUGCACCAGAUGACUAUCGUGCCGCACCAAACUAUGUGAGCUCACCAGGACAUAGAUACUCUUCGGCCUCCUCUACCUCUUCAAGAGCCGGACUACCGAAUCCCAUGACGGUGUCACCGCAGACACGGACACUACCUCCCCCUACCUCACCAAAUCGGUACCGGGAUCGAGACGAUCCGUUAAAACACCGCGCGUUGUCGCCGCCGGUAUCGAAGAUGGGCAUUCCUAUCUUGCCUCCACUAGAGGGCAGAAACUCCGCCUUGGUGCCUGGAGAGGGGAAGAAUGGCGCAUUGCGAAUGGUCAACGGGGAAGGACCUGGCCUGAAAGACGGGGCUGUGGGCAUUGGCCUGCACGCAGGGAUGAGAGAAAUGGAAAGGAGAAUUUCGCCGCCACCGCGGUUAGGGUUGGCACCACCAACCAAGUUGAUGGUCGAUGGACUAUAGCGUUGUAUAUGCUGUUUACUCUUUUCUGUCCCCUCCGUGUCGCCCGUCGUGUUGUUUGAGUUAUGGUUUUCCUAUAUUGCUGUUGUCUUCCGUUUUUUUAGUAUAUAUUUGGUUCCCUAUAUUAUCUGUUACCUGUCU